GCAUCGACCGGUGGAUCGUUCCAUGCAGUCUGAUCUAGCGGAGGAUUCGCCACUCGAACAGCUUUUGAGCUUAGCAUUGCUUCGACGGCAGGUGCGAAGCUCCCGGUUGAAGAAUACCCGCAUUGCAUGCAGCCCAACUGAUUCCUCAUCUCGUAUGACAGUCACGAAGGUCGAGGUGGGUAAGAUACGUCUCGUAUGAGGCGUCUGCCGGGACAAUGACGUUCUCUGCAAAAGCUGGUCAACCGGCCGGCCAGCAAGGACAUGCACAUUGCACAACCUUCAGCAGAGCUGAACCCAACAAAGAAAACGGCUGUUCAGACAGCUCGCCCGAGCUGGACACGAGCAGCACUCGAGCUUGCAUCGGAGAGCCGGCUCUCAGCUCCUUCAAGCAACGUCAUAUGCUGGGACACUCCGUUUCAUUGGAGCUUGAUUGAGCUGCUUCCAACUCCCCGAGCUUGGGCAAUUCUGAAAGCUGUACAUUUUUCGAAGGAGUCCCUUAGCGCCGGAAUAGUAUCCCGUCGAGAAACGUAACCUGCACUGAACCCGCCCGAAACAAUGGCGUCUGCCGGAUUGAUCGCCCUUCAGGGCUCUGCUGUGCGCGGGGUGACGUCUGCAUGUGGUUCCAGCAGCAGCGGCUUCCUUGAUACUCGUUCCUGUGCGUCGCACAACCUGGCGCUUUUGGGCAAAACCCCAAUUGCCGGUGCAAAGUCGGCCAGAAAUGUCCGGAGGGGUUUGAAGGUUCGCGCUGAGGACGAUGGCGCGUGGCAGGACCCCAUCACGACAGGCAUUUCGAAAACCGUGGAAGCGGCCAGGAAUGUGGUUAAGACUGUAAGACCAGCCGUUCAAACGGACCCCAAAAACCUGGAGCAUGGAACGCCCUACCCUAUUCAACAACAGGGCUUCCCGGGUGACGAGUACAAGAUGGACCCGAGGCCUGACUAUGGACGGGACAGCUACAAGGGCCACAACCGGUUGCAGGACAAGAUUGCGAUUGUGACCGGCGGAGACAGCGGCAUUGGGCGAGCGGUGGCGCUGGCAUAUGCCCGCGAGGGAGCCCACCUGGUUAUUCCGUAUUUGAACGAGCAUGAAGACGCGAAGGAGAUCAAGGAAGUCAUUGAGCAGGAAGGAAGGGACUGCACACUGAUUCCUGGCGACCUGUCUAAGGAGGAACAGUGCCAGAAGGUCAUUGACGACACGCUCGAGAAGUACGGCCGGAUAGACAUUCUCGUCAACAACGCCUCCUUCCAGGGCAAGCACGUGAACCAUCUGGAAGAGAUCACGCGCGACCGCCUCGAGUUCGCUUUCGACACCAACAUCAUUGCUAUGUUCCGACUGGCCACGCUGGCAUACCCGCACAUGCGGCCCGGUUCUUCCAUCAUCAACACCACGUCAAUCGUCGCCUACCAGCCCAUUCCCGGCAUCCUCGAUUACGUCUGCACCAAGGGCGCGAUUGUAUCCUUCACCAAGGGCCUGGCCGAGAUGCUGAUGGUGCAAAAGGGGAUCCGAGUGAACGCCGUCGCUCCGGGGCCCAUCUGGACGCCCAUCACCGUCGAGUCAUUCACGGAGCCGAUGGUGGCAGGCUUUGGCGGGCCCCAGACGCCGACGGAGCGCGCGGCGCAGCCCAAGGAGCUGGCACCCAUCUACGUGUUGCUGGCGUCAGAGGAGGCGUCAUUCAUGAACGGUUGCGUGUACGGAGUGACCGGGGGACUGCCCAUCAACUAGAUCAGUAUUUUGAGCCUAGCUGAGUUGUAUGCAUGCGCGCAAUUUUAAACCCAAAUGUGUAACUUGGAUUGGUAGAGUUGAGUUGUGCAAGCCGUCUUGGGCAAGAAUUUUGACGUGGAAUCUGUAGAUUUUUGAUGCGGAGAGUGAGGAGAGGUGCGAUCAUUCGAUGUGAAAUUGUUGGUAUUCUGUACAGAAGGUUGCAUAAGGCCAUGAGGCCAGCUCUUUUUGGUAGAGUUGUAUAGAUGGAUCGUUGAUCAUUGUUCCUGGUCGACGAUUUAACCAAAUCUGUGUACUGUGUUGGAAUCAGGUCGUUAAACCAAUUGAGUCACUACUGUAACAAGUGUAGAACCAUUAAGCGUUUUGAGAGGGAUUUGAAUUAGAAUUGCGGGAGCAUCCGAU